AUGAUCAUUUUUUUAUAUAAUUAUGUGCUUUUUUCAAUAAUCUUAUCCGUCUACUCAAUUAGUUUAUCUUACAUUAAUACACAUAAUACUUUUUUCACACAUAACAAAAGAAAAGGCUUGAAUGUGGUAAGCAGAACCGGUGUAUGUGUACCCGAGGAUGUCGGCUUAUUCGGACGUACAAUGAUAUCGUAUGAAUGCUUCUAUACGAAGGACGGACGCACUCAGACUGGUGACGAGUGGGAGGCUGAGAUGCGGGAGGAGACUAAGAGGAACUUUCCCGGCGUUGACAAGAAGGUUAAAAAGGUGAAAAGGGUCGACGUGAACAGCACAGAGCCGGACGCAGGCUUCAAAAGGUUUGAGAUUCCAGCUCCCUUUAAUCCUACUAAGAUGCUCCUGAGGGAAGGGAUUCCAUAUUUGACUAUAAGCGUUUGGGCUCCAGGCCUCAAUGUACGUGAUUUCACUGUAUUUUUAAAUUAUUCUCAAAAUGACUACCCCGACGCUUAUACACAAGAUUGUACUAUACUACCUAGUGAUACUACUGAACCAAGUGAGUUAGACGAGUAUUACACUACUUUUGAGAAUGCAGAAUGGGAGAAACCUCAUAAAUUUUCAUACCACAGCACUUACAAUGAUCUGUUUAACCGUAUGGAAAAGCCGGAUUAUGGCUACGCUGAUGUGGAUAAUGAUUUAGUGAAGCCACCUCUGAUAUUAAUAAACUUCCCCAAAAACACUAUUGUCAAUCAAUGGGAGAGGGCGACGUUUGGUUCUAAAAGGGACCCUAAGAAGAGGAAACAGCUUUCCCGAAUACAAAGGGCAUACAGACCCUUUUCUCACAUUGACCUCAGGGACGUUAAAUGUAUAUAUAAGGACUCCGCUCUUCAAAUUACUAUGAAACUUACUCACAUUACUCCUCCUCCCACUCAUCAGAAGAAUUAUAAGCUAAACAUAUCCACCGAGGGAGAAAUAAAACCUCCUAAGACUUUACCCUUGGAGACUGUUCAUGGUUGGAUGUACAACUGGCACUACUUUAGGAAGUAUGACUUGAAUUUUGACCUUUCUAAGUUUGAGUUACCUGAGCUUACGGAUCAGAACAAGCCGAAUCUAGUGGACGACAUGACGCCUCGUCAAGUAAGACGCUUCAUUAAGGAGUCUGAUGAGCUGAGUAAACUUGAUUAA